AUGUCGGCCGACUGCUUAUGUCUCGCGACCGACAGAUCAGCAGGAGACUUCCGAGAAUCAGCUCUCUACGGGAAGCGGGAGCAAGCAGAGGACAAGCAGAGGAUAAGCAGAGGACAAGCAGGGAGCAAGCAGAGGACAAGCAGGGAGCAAGCAGGGAGCAAGCAGAGGACAAGCAGGGAGCAAGCAGGGAGCAAGCAGAGGGUAAGCAGGGAGCAAGCAGAGGACAAGCAGAGGAUAAGCAGGGAGCAAGCAGAGGACAAGCAGGGAGCAAGCAGAGGACAAGCAGGGAGCAAGCAGAGGACAAGCAGGGAGCAAGCAGAGGACAAGCAGGGAGCAAGCAGAGGACAAGCAGGGAGCAAGCAGAGGACAAGCAGGGAGCAAGCAGAGGAUAAGCAGGGAGCAAGCAGAGGAGAAGCAGGGAGCAAGCAGAGGACAAGCAGGGAGCAAGCAGAGGACAAGCAGGGAGCAAGCAGAGGACAAGCAGGGACCAAGCAGAGGACAAGCAGGGAGGAAGCAGAGGACAAGCAGGGACCAAGCAGAGGACAAGCAGGGAGCAAGCAGAGGAUAAGCAGGGAGCAAGCAGAGGACAAGCAGGGAGGAAGCAGAGGACAAGCAGGGAGCAAGCAGGGAGUAAGCAGAGGACAAGCAGGGAGCAAGCAGAAGACAAGCAGGGAGCAAGCAGAGGAUAAGCAGGGAGCAAGCAGAGGACAAGCAGGGAGCAAGCAGAGGACAAGCAGGGAGCAAGCAGAGGACAAGCAGGGAGCAAGCAGAGGAUAA